AUGUUUUCGAAAUUCGAUAUGGGCAAUGAAUCUGAAAGUGGUAAAUUGGAUAUAACUCUUAUGCAUCGACCAGGUAAUGAACUGAAUCGACUGACACAAAAAAAUCUUCAAAAAUUGCUCUAUGAUGAAAUUCCAAAUAUUAAUGAAACACACAAGUCACAUGAUAAUUUUGCAAAUUAUUUACGUAAUCAUGAUACACAAGUACUUUAUGUAAAACCACUUCUACUUGAAACACUUAAUUAUAGUAUGAAAGCUCGUCAUACAUUGAUUAAAGGAAUUAUUGAAAAUACUUUAUUUAAUAUAAAUAAAAAAAAUCAAGAAUUAUUAAUUUCUCUUCUUCAAUGGUUAUUAGAACGCACACCUGAACAAUUAGUUGAAAAUGUUAUAACUGGUGUAGCGUGUACAAAAAAUGAAUUAGGAAACUCAAAUUAUGCUAACACUCUUUUGAAAACGUUUGAUCAAAAUGAUGAAUUUAUUGUUCCACCAUUACCUAAUCUUUUAUUUACACGUGAUGCUUUUUCAAUCAUUGAAAAAAAUGUUUUUAUUUGGCAUAUGGCUAAACCAGCUCGACAAAAUGAACCUCUUAUUAUGCGUGUCAUUUUUCAAUAUCAUCCACAAUUAUCAGCCUCUGGUUUGAAUAUUGUUGAAUGGGAAACAGAUAACAAUAAUCAUGAAUAUUCAACCAUUGAAGGUGGUGAUGUAGCGUAUAUUGGUGAAGGAAUUUUGCUCAUUGGUUGUAGUGAACGAACAAAUCGAAAUGGUAUUGAAACACUUGCACGUACAGAUCUUUUCCAUAAAGUUAUUGCUAUUGCUAUACCACCACAACGUGAUUAUAUGCAUCUUGAUACUAUUAUUUCUACAAUUGGUAAACAUGCGUUUACUUUACAUAGUUUAUUAGCAAAUAAAAUGGAAGUAUUUACAGUGGAAACUCAUGAUCUUAAUAACAAUAUGCUUCCUAAACCAAUAUGGGUUUCACAUGGAUUUGAUAUUCGUCAAGCACUUCGAGAGUUACUCAAUGAUCCUGAAUUAAUAUUUUAUGAUGCUGAAGAUGAACAAACAUCUAUUAUAGAACAACAAAAAUGUCGUCAUAAUGUAUUAGCACUUGAUGAUUGUCAUGUUGUAACUUAUGCAGGUGGUGAUUUAGAAAAAGGUAUUGUUGCUCAAAUGAUCCAGAACAAUGCUUGUAAAGUUGGCUUGAUUCCAACUGAAGGUUUAAUAGAAGGCUGUGGCGGUAUGCAUUGUAUGACAAACCCCAUUCGGCGGAGACGUUGA